AUGACAGCCGAAGCGUUCUGGCUCCUCUGCCUUGUCAUGAGAUCAUCUUCCAGCUCGGUGGCCGGAUCCCUGCCCUACGCUGAGAAACCCAGCCAGACUCUCAGCAAGGAUGCUUACAGGUCCGCAGGGGCUGCACCUCGCCAGGUCAAACCGCCGGCCUGGGGCACGGCAAAUCACACCCAGCGUUGGCUUCUGCCUCCCGCCGGCCUGCAGCAGCCAAGCCCUCCGGAAAUCAGCUCCCUCUCAGCAGACAGAAAGAAACGCACCAAACCUUCUCUAGAAAACAGCACGGGGCUGAGGAAACCCCUCCUGCAGCGUGGAGGGGCCCUGCCUCCGGAGAGCCUGACUGAGGGGCCUUCUCCUGCCUCCCGCGGCUUCAACCAGGCGAGCAGAAAGCCCGGGCACAGGUGGCUGCCCGAGGCUGCCAACAGUGUGUCCGCUCGCUUCCAGCACGUAGCAUCUUCCUGUCACAAGAUGACAUCCUUGGCGGAGGCUCAUCCUUUUCCAGACUCGGCAACAGUGGAGUCAGAUGAUUCCAACACGCUGGGUCACUUCAACCGACCAGCCAAAAUUAUCCCCUAUAAACAUGCGGAUCCCGUGAAGGUGACCAGCCCCGCCUGGGUCACCAACCGCCAGUCACCCAGCUGGCCGCACCGCUCCGGCGCGCUGAACGAAGGUGCGGAUAAGCAGAAGGCAUGUCUGACCGAGUGCGAGAAAGAGAGAGAUGAAGUGGAGGCCUACUGCACCAGCGAAUUCGCCUUUAACAACCAGCGCCUCAUCCGUCUCUCAGAGUGGAGAAGGCAGGAAGGAGACAGCCUGAGCAACAGGUGUGAUGCCAGUCCCAGCCAUCCCGUCAGCCCGGCCGCCCAGCAGCUCUGCGGCCUUCCGGUUCCUGCAGUCAGCCCGACCCUGGUCAACGCCAGGAACGGGCUGGAGAGCACCAAGCGAUCGGCUGAGGUGAACGGAAUCGUUUAUAACACGGAAAAGCUGGGGAAUGGAGUCCACUUGGUGACGCUGUUGGUAAACAGCGACGGAUUAUACAAGCUGAGUCGCCUGUACGUUACUCCUGACGCCGCCUUCUUCCGAGUUCACGUUCUGAUCGUGGAUACUCUGAACUGCAGUAAACCGUGUCCAGACUUCAGACUUGGCAGUAGGUACAUUGUGAUGGGUCACAUCUACCACAAGAGACGACAGAUCCCUGCAAACCUGCUGCCAUUCCUGCGAGGGCGCCUGAGGCCGGGCGACGGGCUGCUGAGACACGGCAGCAGCUACGCGAAGAGAUUCAACAGCAAGAGGAAUCGCAAAGUGCAGGCGGCUCGCGCCGAGUGCAGAUACGGCUUCAGUAACCUCCCUCUCGGACACAAGCAGCGGAAUUCCCCUGCCAGAACGAACCUGGCUGUGGUUUAG